GUAACUAUACCUUAUAGCUAAAAUGGCCUAAUAAAAAGUGCACGUAACUGCUAAAUAACGCCUCUCUAUAUCUCAUCCGCUUAUUUUGGCGGCAGAAAAACCGCUACCCUCCACUCUUUCCCUCCAUUCUUUCAUUCACUCACUCACUAACCCACUUACCAGAGUCCACUUCUCUCUCUCUAGAUUUCUUCAAUCUUGCAGUUUAAAUAAUCCAUAUUUUGCAAAUACCCAUGUUCUGCUUUCAGUUGUUUCUGUAGAAAGCUAUGGCUGACUUUGACAAUUCUUUGUCUUUGUCCAGUCUUCUUUGUCAAGAAGACGAUGCUUCUUGUUUUAAUGAAAACAAUUCUUUUCAAGAAUUGAACUUUGAGUCUUCUUCUUCCUCUUCUUCUUCUUGUUUUGUUUUGGAGAAUGAAGAGAUUGAAUACAUUGAGAAAAUGGUUGAAAUGGAAAGUAGAAGUUUUACAUGCUCUGAUGAUUCCUCAUUCGCUAAUUAUAGCUGGUUAAGAUGUGCCCGCUUGGAUGCCAUUGAUUGGAUUUUCAAUACAAGAGCAAUCUUCGGAUUCCGGUUUCACACAGCUUAUCUUUCAGUGACAUACUUUGAUCGGUUUCUUUCAAAAAGAUCUAUUGAUGAUGGUAAAUUGUGGGCUAUUAGAUUGUUAUCUGUGGCAUGUUUAUCAUUAGCAGCAAAGAUGGAGGAAUGUAGAGUGCCUCCUUUAUCAGAGUUUCCAAUUGAAGAUUAUUGCUUUGAAAAUAAGGUAAUUCAAAGAAUGGAGUUGCUGGUAUUGAAUACUUUAGAAUGGAAAAUGGGUUCAAUCACUCCUUUCUCUUAUCUACAUUAUUUCAUCAAUAAAAUUUGUGGUGAAUCUAGACAAAAAGAAACAGUCUCUAGAGCUGGGGAACUUAUUGUUGCAGUGAUUAAAGAAAUUAAUUUGCUGGAUCAUCGACCAUCGAUUAUUGCUAUGGCUGCAGUAUUAGCUGCAUCUGACAAUCAAUUAACAAGACAAGAGCUGGAGCUCAAGAUGAAAGUAAUUUCAUCAUGGGGUUCUUUGCAAAAUGAACAUAUAUUUUCCUGUUAUAUUGUAAUGCAGGAAAUAGAGAUGGGAAAACUUAAGACACCAAAGCAAGUGAUUUCUCCUAACUCAUCAUCAAUCCAUUCUACUUCAAUGGCUCUUCUUGAAAACUCUUCCUCCACUACUUUUGGAGCUGGCACUAAAAGAAGACUCACAUACAAUGACUGUGAUCAAAAUUGUCCAGUAAAGAAAAUCUGUCAUCAGCCUUAAAUUAAUACAUUUGAUUCUAUAUAAAGGGAUUUGAAUUGGGUUCAUUUCAUUGGUUGAAUUAUACGAUUCUUUUCUUUGUUAUUUAUGAAAACUGAUCAAUUUUUCUACAAGGAGAGUUGGCUUAUAGGUCUAAAGAGUGUUUAUUUAUGCCAAUUUGAUGGUAUGGAUUUUGGAGUUGAUGAUUGGAGUUCCAAUUUCCAAUACGCAACAAAGGAAAGUUUCAGCUUAGCCUACCCGAGAAGGGGAUAGAGGAAAAAAAAAAGAGAAAAAAAGGGAAAGUAAAUAAAUAAGAAAGGGGAUAGCUUUAACCAACAGUAACAAGUAAAGAAGCAGCUGACUCGAGUCCAAAAGCCAUUAAGAUGGGAAGAAAGGCCAAGAGAAUGCCAGAGAAGCCACCGAAGAUAUAUAUAAUAAAUAUAUAUUUUUUGUCUAUAUAGCAUUCUUUGUAUUUGUUUGUUGCUUUCAUGAAUAUCCUAUACUGUUGCUUGCACUUUUCUCAAGUUGCUGUAUUUCUUUAUCCCCUCUCUAUAUACUUCUUUUCUUUCUUUUCCCUCUCAAUUUUGGGACAAAACAAAUGAGAGUUUUUGAUGAUGUAUACAUCCAUUGUAAACCCCUUGUAUUCCUUUUGAUGGAAGGGGCUUGGGAUGCUUCCUACGUCUUUCAAAAGGCUGAAAGCCAUGAAGAACGAAGAGUUGUUUCUGUUUGAUUUGAUA